UGCUACAAAAAGCGUAAGUCUUGUGAUUAAUACCGUCGAUAAAAGGCGCCGUUUUGUUACAGUGAUGUUGAACGGUGUGAAUGUGCGUCUGCAGUUGGACACGGGAUCUGACAUAAGCAUCAUUUCGAAACGUUUGUGGGAGAAAAUAGGUAAACCACCCACAGUACCGGCAAACGAACAAGCCGCAACAGCGUCAGGCGACCGCUUGCAGUUUUUGUUUAAGUUCAGUUGUGACAUUUCGUUCAAUGACAAACAACAUAUCUGUCAGUUUUACGUUGUUGAAAAACCACUUUACCUUCUUGGCAUCGAUUUGAUGGAUGCAUUCGAUCUUUGGUCACUGCCCAUUAGCACGUACUGCAACAACGUCACUGUUCCUUCUGUCACUUUGAAGUCACUGAAAUCAGCAUACCCGAGGGUGUUUAGGAACGAGCUGGGGUUGUGUACGAAAACAAAAGUGAAAUUGGAACUAAUACCAGGUGCAACUCCAGUUUUUCGUGCAAAGCGUCCAGUGGCUUAUGCGGUACAUAGCAGUGUGGAUAACGAACUCGACCGACUGGAACGAGCAAAAAUCAUCACACCGGUAGACUUUUCGGAUUGGGCAGCUCCCAUCGUUGUCGUCCGAAAAACGAACGGAUCUAUUCGUAUUUGCGGUGACUAUUCCACCGGUCUCAACAAUGCCCUGCAACCGCAUCAAUAUCCGUUGCCGCUACCGGAAGAAAUUUUCAACAAAUUGGCUAAUUGCACAGUGUUUAGCCGAAUUGAUCUGUCGGAUGCAUUUCUGCAGGUAGAAGUGGACGAAAGCAGCCGUGAAUUGUUAACCAUCAACACCCAUCGGGGACUUUACCGGUACAACCGUCUGACACCGGGAGUCAAAGCAGCACCGGGAGCAUUCCAGCAACUUAUCGAUACUAUGCUGGCAGGCCUCCCUCAUACGUGUGGUUAUUUAGAUGACGUCGUCGUUGGUGGUGUAAAUCCUGAAAAUCACUGGGCGAACCUUCAUGCAGUGUUUCAAAGGAUCAGCGAUUUUGGAUUUACCAUUCGUGUAGAAAAGUGCAUAUUCGCUCAGCCGCCAAUUAAAUAUGUAGGUCAUCUGCUUGACCGCAACGGUCUUCGCCCGGAUCCAUCAAAGGUUCAAGCCAUCAACGAAAUGCCACCGCCCACUGACGUUUCCGGUGUUCGCUCUUUCCUAGGAGCAAUAAAUUACUACGGCAAGUUUGUUCCUAGUAUGCGCACCCUUCGGUAUCCUCUUGAUGAGCUGCUCAAGGCGAAUGCAAAAUUUGAGUGGACGGAAAAAUGCCAGGCGGCAUUUAACAAAUUUAAAGAAGUGUUGAAAUCCGAUCUACUGUUGACACACUACAACCCUGCGCUUGAUAUAGUUGUGUCGGCAGAUGCGUCGUCUGUUGGUGUCGGUGCAACAUUAUCACACAAGUUUCCGGACGGUACUCUCAAGGUGGUACAGCAUGCCUCCAGAGCACUCACAGCAGCAGAGAAAAACUAUAGUCAGCCCGAUCGUGAAGGACUUGCAAUAAUUUUUGCAGUGACUAAAUUUCACAAAAUGUUGUUUGAUCGUCGCUUUCAUCUUCAGACUGAUCAAGAGCCGCUGCUGAGGAUUUUCAGUUCGAAGAAAGGAAUUCCUGUUUACACAUCGAACCGGUUACAACGUUGGGCUCUUACGCUAUUGCUUUAUGAGUUCACCAUCGAGUACGUCCCGACAGCGAAAUUCGGCAAUGCUGACAUACUUUCCCGUCUGAUCAACCAGCACGUCAGACCUGAGGAAGAUUACGUGAUUGCUUCGGUCUCUUUGGAGAAUGACUUAAGGUCAGUUACACAAGAUACACUAACCGUUCUCCCUCUGAGUUUUAGAAUCGUACAACAGUCUACACAGUCCGAUCCUAUCACCAAAGCAGUUUAUCGAUACCUGAUUGACGGUUGGCCUGAGACCGUUACUGAUGCAGAGCUCAAGCGGUUUUAUGCACGACGUGAGUCACUUACCACGGUACAAGGCUGCAUACUAUUUGGCGAUCGACUUGUUAUUCCUUCGCCCCAUCGCAAGCGCAGUCUUCAGCAGCUUCAUCGUGGCCACCCUGGAAUCCAGCGAAUGAAGGCGAUUGCCAGGUCUUAUGUUUAUUGGCCAACUCUCGAUAACGACAUUGUUCAUUAUGUUAAAUCCUGCCAUCAAUGUGCGAUGACUGCGAAAACACCACCGAAGUCAGCGCCUUUGUCUUGGCCUAAAUCAACAAAACCGUGGCAGCGUGUACAUCUUGACUAUGCUGGACCGAUCGACGGGGAAUACUACUUGGUCAUCGUGGAUUCUUUUUCGAAGUGGCCUGAGAUUGUGCAGACUCGCAUCAUCACUACAGCCGCUACAAUCAAAAUCAUCAGAGAACUGUUCGCACGCUUGGGAAUGCCAGAGACACUAGUGAGCGACAAUGGCUCACAGUUCACCAGUGCAGAAUUUCAAUCCUACUGUACGGAUAACGGUAUCGAGCAUCUCACAACUGCGCCGUUUCACCCACAAUCGAACGGUCAAGCUGAGCGGUUUGUGGAUACAUUCAAACGGUCAAUAAAGAAGAUUAAGGAGGGGAGAGCGACAAUGCGUGAAGCACUCAGUACUUUUUUGCUGACUUACCGGAGCACACCUUGUUUUUCUUCUCCGGAUGGAAAAUCACCAGCAGAAGUCAUGUUCGGUCGUCCGAUCCGUACCAGUUUGGAUCUACUCCGUCCUCCACCAGAUUCUGUGCAGUUUGAACAGCCUAGCGAGAGCCGACCCUUGAAGCGUGAGUUCAAAGCUAAAGAUUCGGUAUACGCAAAAGUCUUCGUUAAAAAUCAAUGGCACGUAUAG